AUGGCAUCAGCAGCAUCAGCAGCUACUUUUUCUAUUGGAACCACCCAAACAGGGAGGUCACUUCCUCAAUCAAACCCUUUUGGUUUCAAAUUCAAUUCCCAGGUUAAUUUCAGAACCUUCUCUGGCGCCAUGUCAUCUUUCUCUGGCAACGAAACUGGUGCUGCUCUUCGUGCAACUUUUGCUCCCAAAGCUGUAAAAGAAAACCAAAAUCUCAACCACAACUUUCAGCCACAGGCAUCCUACAAAGUAGCGGUUCUCGGUGCUGCCGGAGGGAUUGGUCAGCCACUGGCACUUCUCAUCAAGAUGUCGCCUUUGGUUUCCGACCUGCAUCUCUAUGAUAUCGCAAACGUUAAGGGAGUUGCUGCUGAUAUUAGUCAUUGCAACACUCCUUCGAAAGUUGUGGAUUUCACAGGAGCUGCCGAGUUAGCCAAUUGUUUGAAAGGUGUGGAUGUUGUUGUUAUACCUGCUGGUGUUCCUAGGAAACCCGGGAUGACCCGUGAUGAUCUUUUCAACAUCAAUGCCGGUAUAGUUAGAGACCUGGUCACUGCUGUUGCAGAUAAUUGCCCUGGGGCUUUUAUUCAUAUUAUCAGCAAUCCGGUGAAUUCUACUGUGCCUAUUGCUGCUGAAAUUCUUAAACAAAAAGGUGUUUAUGAUCCUAAAAAGCUCUUUGGUGUUAGCACACUUGAUGUUGUGAGGGCAAACACUUUUGUUGCUCAGAAGAAGAACCUGAGGCUGAUUGAUGUAGAUGUUCCUGUUGUUGGGGGCCAUGCUGGGAUUACCAUUCUUCCUCUAUUGUCAAAGACAAAACCCUCGGCAAGUUUCACCGAUGAAGAAAUUGAGGAGCUAACUGUCAGGAUUCAAAAUGCUGGAACUGAAGUUGUUGAGGCAAAAGCUGGUGCAGGGUCUGCAACUUUGUCAAUGGCUUAUGCAGCAGCUAGAUUUGUUGAAUCCUCUCUUCGUGCGCUUGGCGGAGAUGCUGAUGUGUAUGAAUGCUCAUAUGUACAGUCAGAUCUGACUGACCUUCCGUUUUUUGCUUCAAGGGUGAAGAUUGGUAGGAAAGGAGUUGAGGCUUUAAUUACAACUGAUCUCCAAGGAUUGAGUGAGUACGAGCAGAAGGCUUUGGAAGCACUCAAGCCAGAACUUAAGGCCAGUAUCGAGAAGGGGGUUGCUUUUGCUCAAAAGCAAACUGUUGCUGCUUAA